AUGGCGGACAUUGAAGAUCUCAGGAGGCAAUGGAAAUUGCUGUACGCCGAAAUACUACCUCAGAUGGCCAAGGAUGAUGACCCUUCGCAGCCAAAAUGGCCCGUGACGUUGGACCACUGCUUUGCGCGAAUAAUUCUUGAUAAUGCAGUCGGCAAGGGUCAACAACAAUGGGACAAAGUGAUAAAGCCUCCCGCCAUUCAGAAUAUGAGUGAAGAACAGCUUCAAUCCGCAAUAUCCUUGGGCAAGAAAGUCAUCUCUGGAGAAGCCGAUGUCUGUCACCUUGAUCAAAUGAGCCUUCAAUGUAGAGGCAAGGAUCCGGCCAACUACGAAAAGAGUUUCUCCAAUCCAUCCAACAAAAAGCCCAGUGAAGACAGUUCUAUGAGGAGUUCGAACAAGAGAUUGAUGCUGGAGAAGGACAAGUCUGAAGCUCAAGAACCCCUCACCAAGAUGGCAACGGCAACUAAGAAACGGCAGUCCACAUUGGACUUUGGUCGGGUAUCGAGCUCUGAGGCUGCUGCUGCUGAUAACAAAUCCUCGGACGCACAAAGUGAGGAAUAUCUUGCGUCUCUGAGAAAGACUGUACGUCGCAUCGAGACGCAUCCAACGCUAACCUCGUACCGGAAACGACUGUACGCCACUCUCUUAUCGGUCCCGAAAGGUCGCUAUACGACAUAUGCAGCCAUGUCAGACUAUCUCGACUCCUCCGCCCGGGCUGUUGGGAACGGUAUGCGGAAUAACCCAUUCGCACCUGAUGUCCCAUGCCAUCGGGUGCUGGCAGUAAAUGGAAGCAUUGGUGGCUUUAAGGGAGAAUGGGGCAAAGACGGGAAAUAUGCGAGCAAGAAGAUCGAGCUGUUGAGGAGCGAAGGUGUAAGGUUCGAUGCCAGCGGAAAGGCUAUUGGAGAGCCAUUUCGACAUCUGCACACCUUGAAAGACGUCGACCAUUGA